AUGGCUGAUCAAAAUAAUAAUAAUGAAAUUAACGAAAUUCAAAAAUUCGUGAAUUUAUGGUCAGAGACCUAUAAACCACUUGCCUGGACCAGUAUAGUUUAUUUUGUAUUUUGGUAUCCUCCAUGGACUUUAUUUUGUCUUGCUUGGGUGACAUUCACUGCUUUGAUAAGUCUUGUUUCGUUGAUAAUCCCUCCUUUGGGUUAUUGCUUUUGCAUAGGGUCGGUAAUAUCUUGGAGAUCAUUGGCAAGGAUUGAGUUGCUAACAGUGUCAUAUUGUAUAAAUCCAAAAAAUUUUAUCAAAGACUCUAUCACAGAAAUAGAGCGUAACGGAGGUCUUUUUUAUCCAAUCACUAAAAUUUCACCCACGAGAACUGCUUUUCCUGGUUACAUACAAUUUGGUGCUGAAUUUGUUUCCCAUCAACAUACCAGAAAUUGUUUCUUUUAUUUUACGUUUUAUAAGACAUUUACCUUAUUAUUAUUCGUCGUGUUAUUUCCGGUAUUUUUAUUAAUAAGUUUACCCCCUUUCACAUUAUUUGGUUUACCAUUGGCUUGUAAAUUUACUAGAGAGUUUGGUGAAGAAAUAGUUGUUCAUGCUAGGUUACAGAUUCAGCAUGCUUUUACUAGUACGUUUGUUCUUGACCCAUUUACAAUCCCUAUGAAAUUAUUUAAUAAAUUAACCAUUCACGAAAAAGCAAUCCUCGAUGAGAUAACUGAAAUUGUUGACAAGAUUGAAAAAUAA